AUGGAUGGGGAGGGUUACAAUGCGAGAGUUAUAUUUAAGGUGGCAAUAGGGAGCAUAACCUUCUUUAUCCACGUUGAUGAAGUGAAAAGCGAUGGACGACUCCACGGUGGUGGCUGCUGUCAGGGUGUAAAUGGGACACACUGUACAAAACUGUGUAAACCGGUCCUUACUGUAUGCCUCAAAGACAAAACAAAUUGUCAAACAAGCUUUACAACAACACUUGAUAUGAAACGUAAUGAUGUUGUGUAUGGAUCCAAAGUUGGCAACUCAACAAAUCCUCAGUAUCUAAAAGUCGAUAACUGGAAUAAAUAUGUAGACAAGAUCUCAAUCAGCGUGGGAGACCUACAGCCAUCAUCAGUUCCACUCAUCUACCAGUCUGAUAUUUCUGAUUACAAACUGAGAAUAGGAGACAACGUAUUGUCGCAGCACUGGGGGCAGAAGAAAUUUACUGCUAAUUUUAUAAAGGAUGGAACCACAUUCAGCAUUCAGAUCUCAUACAAGGCUUACUGUUCUGAAGGUUACUAUGGAUCAGAUUGUCGCGCUCAUUGUCCCGGUAAUCCAAGAAAAUGUGUCGUUAAUGGACACACCUACUGUGCAAUGGGUUGGACAGGUAGAAACUGUGACCAUGAUAUCAAUGAAUGCAAUACAAAAAGUUUCUGCAGCCGCGGUAACUGUACAAACACUGCUGGUAGUUUUCACUGUACCUGUCAAGCAUCUGUCUACGGUCUAAAGUGUCAAUUAGAUGAAGAUGAGUGUCUGUUAGAGCCUUGUAAUGGAGGAGAGUGCGUUAACAAAAUAGGUAGUUAUCAAUGUAAUUGUCGACGGGGAACGUCGGGAGAAAACUGUGAACAUUUAACUGGGACCAGCUGCAAUGGUGUCACGUGUGGUAAUCAUGGUAAAUGCAUUGUGAGACACAGAAAACCAAUGUGCCAAUGCAACAAUGGCUACUCUGGAACGGAUUGUUCCGUAAACAAUUUUUGUUUAAACAAUCAAUGUAAAAAUAAUUCAACAUGUGUAAUCGGGGAAUCAAAUUAUACAUGUUAUUGUCCAAAGGGAUUUUAUGGACAAUUUUGUGAACAAAAUGAUUUUUGUGCUAGCAAUCCAUGUCAUAAUUCAGGCAUAUGUAUAAACACUGCAUCCAACUUUUCAUGCAACUGCGUAAAUAAUUUUAUGGGUCCAACAUGCAAAGCUUUUAACUACUGUGCAGGAAAUGAAUGUAGCAACCAUGGAUCAUGCAAGAUACUAAGUAAUGGAUAUAGAUGCAAUUGUAUUGGUGGAUUCAAAGGCACUGACUGUGAAUUUACAGAUCAUUGUUUUGGAAAGAACUGUAACAAUAUAGGAAACUGUACAAGUGACAAUAAUACAUAUUCUUGUCAUUGUGAUGCACGAUAUAUUGGCCAAAAUUGUGAAACUACAAAUUAUUGCUAUGGGAACGAUUGCACAAAUCAUGGAACAUGCCGUGUAAUCAACGACAGCUAUAAAUGUACUUGUCAUUCUGGAUAUACUGGUAAAGACUGUGAGCAUGAUUAUUGCUUUGGUGAAACCUGUUCUCGUCAUGGCAGGUGUCAAAACAGGGAAAGCUCUUACUCAUGUCACUGCAACGCUGGAUACACAGGACACGAUUGUGAACACACGUACUGUGAUUUAAACCAAUGUCAAAAUGGUGCAACAUGUGUUAAUGGUCAUUCAGGCUAUACAUGUAAAUGUGAUCCUAGGUUUAUUGGGAAUCACUGUCAAACACGUAAUUACUGUCACGGCCAGAAUUGCAAUUCUCGAGGAAUUUGUCAGAAUGGUGGGAAUACUUAUUCGUGCCACUGUAGAACCGGUUACUCUGGAAAAGAUUGCGAGCACGACAGCUGCUAUAAUCACAAGUGUCAGCAUGGAUCAACUUGUAAAUCAGUAUCAGGAUCAUUAAACCAUACUUGUACGUGUCCCUCAAAUUACAUCGGAGCUUUCUGUGAAAAACAGAAUUUUUGCAAUGGACAAAACUGCAACGGUCAUGGAAAUUGUACCAACGAUAAAAAUGGCUAUAUCUGUCAAUGUUUAUCAGAAUACCUAGGAAGAAACUGUGAACUAAAAAACUAUUGUCACAGUAAUCCGUGCACACAUGGAAACUGUACAAACAUCCAAAAUGGUUUCAAUUGUACAUGUCCAAUUGGAUUCACGGGUGGUAUCUGUAAUGCAGUAGAUCACUGCCAUAAUCAACAUUGUUCAAACCAUGGUCGGUGCCAUAACGAAGUUAACAGCUAUAAAUGUGUCUGUAUUGGUGGUUAUACCGGUCAAAACUGCGAAAUAAUGGAUUAUUGCUACACCAAUAACUGCUCUAAUGAAGGCGUAUGUCACAAUAACCGCAAUUCAUACAAUUGUACAUGUAAUCUAGGAUAUACUGGAACGAAUUGUGAACAUACUUUUUGUUCUAGUCAUAAUUGUCAGAAUGGCGCAACGUGUCUAAAUGGAAUAUCUAACUAUACGUGUAUUUGUUUACCAGGUUUCUUUGGAAACGUUUGUCAAUCAGUGGGUUAUUAUCCGACAUCAUCAUUUUUUCCGUUUACCCCUACGUCACUAAUUAAACAACAAUGUAAAUCAUCUUCUUGCAAUAAUCAUGGAAAAUGUUAUCCAGAAAGCAAUUCAAAGGGUUAUUUGUGUGAAUGUGAGAAAGGAUGGCUAGGUUCAGAAUGCGAACACUAUGAUUACUGUCAUGAUAUUACCUGUUCCAACCAUGGGACAUGCUUUUCUGGAAAAAACGAUUAUUUUUGUCUCUGUGAAAAGGACCGUUUCGGAAAAUCGUGCAAUAUAACUAAUUUUUGUAAAAACAUCACUUGUGCAUUUCCUCGUUUAUGCAUAGAAACCUUAAAUGGAUACUCAUGCGAUUGCCCUACUGGGUUAUAUGGUAUCUACUGUACUAAGGUUAAUUAUUGCUCUCAAAGUCCAUGUGGGGGGCACGGAAAAUGCAGUAAUACAGAAAGAGGGUUUACAUGCAUUUGUGAUGUUGGUUGGGCUGGUGACAACUGCUCAUCAGUUGAUUUUUGUUCUAGUUCACCAUGCGGACAUCACGGUUUAUGUCAAAAUAAUCCUCUUAACUUUACCUGCUUUUGUGACGACGGUUACAUUGGACAUCAAUGCAAAAAGUAUGAUUUUUGUUUCGAAAAUCCAUGCGAAAAUAAUGGAACAUGUAUAUCACAUUCAAAUGGUUACGAGUGCAACUGCAUGCACAUGUGGACGGGUCACAAGUGUAAUGAAAGGAACGUUUGUGUUUUGGAUAACCCUUGUAAUUCGCACGGCAAUUGUUCCAUGGUUCAGUCUAAUGUUAGCUGCUCUUGUAUAUCUGGUUGGACUGGUUCAUUUUGCAGUAUUCCAGAUUUUUGUUACAGUUCACCUUGUGGAAAGCAUGGAACUUGUAAAAACAGGCUUGGUUCAUAUCAUUGCAUUUGUGAUACGCAGUGGUUAGGGGAAACUUGUCAAGUCAAUGCAUGCGAAAAUAUCACUUGUAGUCACCACGGAAUCUGUUCAGCGGACUUGUCAACUUCGGCGUACCACUGUGAAUGUACAGAUGGAUGGAUUGGUCAUAACUGUGAUUUUCCAGAUCCCUGUCAAACGAACAUUUGUGCAAAUGGAGGGACAUGUUUUCCUUUAAUAUUGAACCAUGCAAAUAGUGUAGUCAAUUUAGCGUUAUUUAACAAUCUUCAUACUGAAAUCAUUAAUGGGUCAGUUACAGCUGAAUGUAAAUGUAUCAAAGAGUGGACAGGGCCACGAUGCGAAAUAGAUGUAGACGAAUGUUUGAUAAAAGACACGUGCAACGGACAUGGAUUUUGUUUCAAUGAUCUAGGAAAUUAUACUUGUUUUUGCGAACAUGGAUGGGGAGGGUUACAAUGCGAGGUAAAUAUCAACGAAUGUAUAUCAGGCCCUUGCAAAAACAAUGGUACAUGCGUUGAUAAGAUAAACGGUUAUAGUUGUUCAUGUUCAGAGCACUGGGAAGGAGAUUCUUGUCAAAAAGAUGUUGAUGAAUGCAAGUACUCGCCAUGUGGAUUGUAUGGGACGUGUGUGAAUAAGGAAGGUAACUUUUCGUGUUUAUGUGAAACUUCGUGGGCUGGUCGACACUGUGAAAGUCAUAUCAAAUCAUGUUCUUAUAAUCCAUGUAAAAACAACGCUACUUGCAUUGACCUAGAGGAAACAUAUUACUGUAAUUGUGACAAUAGAUUUAAAGGUCGACAUUGCGAUCUUGAUAUUGAUGAGUGUUUAUUGUCUCCCUGUAAAAAUGGUGGCACUUGCUUUAAUACUCAUGGGUUAUACUUCUGCAAAUGCUCUGAGCAAACGACUGGUUUUCAUUGCGAACUUGACGUCAAUGAAUGCACCAGGGACCCGUGUCCUCAAAAUAAAGUAUGCGUUAACAAAGAAAAUGGCUUUCUCUGUCAAGACUGUAGCACAUUUGUAUGUGCAAAUGAAGGUCAGUGCAUUGAUACGAUAGAUGGACCAACAUGUAAUUGUUCAAAAAGCUGGAUUGGUUCGACAUGCAAGCAAAGAAACUUUUGCUCAAAUAAUUCAUGUGGCCCUCUAGAAAUUUGCAUCAACAAACCCACAGCAUAUGCCUGUGAGUAUCACCCUUGUAUAAGCUCACCGUGUCAAAACAAUGGUCAAUGCAUUGAGUCGGGCUUUAGUUACUUUUGCAAUUGUUCUAUGGGAUGGAUAGGGAAAAACUGUGAAAAGAGAGACUAUUGUUUGUUUGAUACCUGUUUUAAUAAUGGUACAUGCUUUAAUACGGAUACAUCCUUCCAAUGUUUCUGUUCUGAUAAAUGGUAUGGUACAACGUGUGAUAAAUAUGAUUUUUGUAGUUCAAACCCAUGUCAACAAGGAGGGGUCUGUCAAACUGCUGGAAGUAACUAUAAAUGUGAUUGUCUACAUGGAUGGACAGGGUCGAAUUGUGAAAGACGUGAUUAUUGUAAUAGUUCGCUGUGUUUAAACAAUGGCAUCUGUGUCAAUUCGAACACGUCCUAUUCUUGUAAUUGCCCACCUCAAUGGUUAGGAAGAAAUUGUGAGUUGUAUAAUUAUUGCUUCACUAAUCCGUGCAACGAUAAAGGUGUAUGUGUUAACAACAAUACAGGAUAUGUUUGUUUUUGCAAUCAAGGUUUCAUGGGAAACUCUUGUAGCAUAAUUGAUCCUUGUGCAUCUAAUCCAUGCCAAAAUAACGGAUCAUGUGCUUUAGAAUCAGAUGGAUAUAUUUGCCAUUGCCAUGCAGGAUAUGAUGGAAAAAAUUGUGAACUCGACAUGGAUGAAUGUGCUUUUAAUUUAUGCCCAGCAAGAUCGGUAUGCUAUAAUAAUGCUGGUGGAUUUACAUGUGUUUGGGAAGAUAACCGUCGCAAAAGAAGCUUAUUAAAUGGAAAAUUGGUUUACACUAUCAAACUUCCAUUUACGUCUAAUGGAAUGAAAGCAGUAUUGAAUAUGGGCCUGUUAAAACAAAAAUUGAAUGGUUGUAAAGGCAACAGAAAACUUGAGUUACAUCCACUGCGUUUAACGGUUGUGACAUGGGAAAACGCCAUUUACCUAAAAUACAACGCAUCGUGCCAGCUUUAAGUUUUGGUGUUUUUUUUUCAAUUUAAUCAUUUGUCAUACAAUUGUAUAUAACAUGUUAUUAUUUCCUUUAUAAAUGGAGUAGCCGCCUAUUUAAUUUCAUCCCUUUUGACCUUUACCAACUUGUUUUCAUUUGGUGAAUCCAAAACUUAACGAAUUUUAAUGUCCCAUAUUAUCUUUUUUUUAAACAUAACUAUGUCUUAACGAA